AUUGGCGCUCGCUGCACCAUUGGUUGGCCAUCUUUAAAAAAUACUCCAAGCUCGACGCUGUUCCCCGCGAUUCUCGAUCCGCCACACACUCUCCUUACGUCCUCGUAACAGCUUUGCGCUCUUGCUGGCGAGCUUCCCUCGUCGAUAUAACCCCGCACGCAGCAGUUGAUACAUCGACGACUAUUCAGAGAUCCAAGAUCGCCAGUGGAACGAUCCCCGUCUGACGUCGAAAGGCGUUGGCUGCACAAGAAAGCGCCCUCACGAUGGCGGGUCGCAAACGCAAGGAGUCGACAUCGCGCGACGAAUCUACCAAGGGAACCAACGGGAAUCACUCGGAUACUAUCGAAAUCAAACUUGACGACGACAUGUUCGACGAUUGCCCUUUCUCCAUCGACAUAUCCUGCGAACCGGCGCAGGGACCGUUACCUCCCAAGAGCGGGAACAGCGCCGGGGAUGCUGGUCAAAAGAAACGGCGCAAAGGCAAAACGCCCAAGAUUAUUCACUAUCUACAACAAUCAUUAUUCCAACCAGAAGGUUCCUUUAAGACACAUACAUCAUUAGACACAGAUUACCGAGUUGAGCCAUGGGACGAGUGGACCGCAAUGAACGGCUACAACAGCUUCAUUAUAAAUAAAACGAAGUACUGCGUCGGGUGCUACAUAUACAUCGCGAACGAAGACAGCAUGACUAAUGCUCAAGCUACGAAAGACGAUUUAAUAUCACGGCCGCUUGACUAUUGGAUUGGUCGAGUCUUGGAGGUUCGAGCUACGGAUGUGGAAAAUGUCUUUGCUCGAGUAGCAUGGAUGUAUCGACCAGGAGAUUUGUCCCAUUCGAAAGACUUUGACGGGAAAUGGGUUAUUGGCCGACAACCUUACCACGGUGUUAACGAAGUCGUGUGCUCAAAUCAUAUGGAUGUUGUUAAUGUAUCCUGCGUUGCAAAUAUCGCCAGCGUGGAGCAUUGGAAGCCAAAAGAUUUACCGAAAGGACAAGAGAGCCAAUCCGAGGAAGAAAACGACCUCCUCAACGGGAUAUAUUGGCGACAAGCCCUGGACAUACGAACAGGUGAACUUUCGUCGCUACCAGUGGUGUGUCGGUGUAAGAAGCCUGCGAACCCCGACCGAAUACUCGUUGAAUGCUCAAACGACAACUGCGACGAAUGGCUACAUUACGAGUGCCUGAAACAUGACGCUCUUAUGAAAGUAUACAAGCGCCUGGGGAAAGAUAGACCGCAUCUUGAAAAUGGGGAGGGGUCAAGUAAUGGCCUUGAAUGGGAGCUCGACUUUUCUGACGAUGAUGAAGCAACAAAAUACAGUGAUGAGGAGGAGGGGGACGACACAGAGCUUUUCCGUAAACCGCGGAAGCCUGGACCAUCAUCCAAGAAAUUCAAGAAUUCGAAAACGCCGUACCUUGGUCUUUUCGACGCGUCCUUCAUCCGCAACCGAUCACCUAACGUGUGGAAAAUCAAGGAUUUACGAAACGGCAUUAUUGGAGGCGUCAGAUCAUGGAAACAGGAAGUAGAGUGCUUGUGCUGCUCGCGCGUUAUAACGUAAAAGAAAGCUUUGAGGGCAUAUUUGAUACGAUUGGCGUUGGAUACCGGAGUGGGCUUCGUGUUUUUGUAUGGUAACCUUUCUUUCUGGGCUAGGACCUGCAACCAAUGCUGGUAGAUUACUGCAGCUUCAUAUAUUGUGUAUUUAUUCGUAAUUACUUCAAAUUUGAAGAAUUGAUGGAUCCUGGAAAAAAAAGCUGCAACCCAAUUCAAUGAGGAAAGAUACUCUUCAUUGAUAGCAUUGCAUCAUCGCCAGCAGAGCACAAACGCACAGUACCAGUCGUAGUCGGUGG